UUAUCCAAACCCAAACAUAAAAAUGUUUGCCACUUCCAACAUAUCUUCCCUUCCCAAACGCUAAUACCAACUUCGUCACGGGUCCUAAACCCACCAAAACUUCCCCUCUUACAUACCACCACCAUUAAAAUACCACCGUCAACGCCAAAUAACAACGCAUGCAGAGAUGAACACGUUCAUUCCUAAACUCCCUCUCAUCCUCAGACCCUUCCUUCUCUCUCUCUUUCUCUCUAUUUCAGCCCUCAUUUUCAUAGCUUCCCUUACUUCCCGUCACCACAGAAUAAACACCACCUCCGAACAACUCACCGAAACGCCGCCCUUCUCUGUCAAUAACUCCGCCAGAGACCUCCGCAUCCGACCCGGAUACUCCUCCUACAAUGCAUACAUCCAGCAUCAACUCAACAAGAGCCUCAACCCCAAACUCCGGAAUAUUUGGAAAACUCGCGAUUGGGACCGCAAAGUCCGCGUCUUUGCCCAGUUCUUCGACUCCUUAAAGCAAAGAAACCUCUUGUCCAACGCUUCAAAGGCCUUAUCCAUUGGAGCCAGAGUAGGCCAGGAGGUGGAAGCGCUGAGACGCAUCGGCGUCUCCGACUCCAUCGGAAUAGACCUGGUGCCGUGCCCACCAUUGGUGGUGAAAGGAGACUUCCAUGCACAGCCGUUCGAAAACGAAACUUAUGAUUUUGAGUUCUCAAACGUGUUUGACCACGCGCUGUAUCCGUGGAAGUUUGUCGGGGAAAUCGAACGGACGUUAAAGGAAGGAGGAGUUUGUGUUCUACACGUGGCGUUAUCGCGACGGGCAGAUAAGUAUUCGGCGAAUGAUUUGUAUAGUGUGGGGCCAUUAGUGGAGCUGUUUAAGGAGUCGGAGUUGAUAGAGGUAAAGAAGGUGGAUGGUUUUGGUCUGGACACUGAGGUGGUCUUUAGGAAAAAGCGAAAGAGCAAUCUACGGCUUGAUUGAUUUUUUUUUUUUUAAAUAAUUAUUAUUAAUUAUUAUUUAUUUGCUCUCUCUUUUUGAGUUGAACAUAUGAACAUGUAUUAUUGGGUUUUUGUUGAAAAUGAUAUGAUGAUAUGCCAGCCAGUUCAAGCAAA